AUGACUGACUUUACCCGGCUGAAGGCGUGUCUCCGCGACUUGACAGGCGCCGUUAAAGAGCUCACACAUCACAUUCCUCACAAUGGGGAUUCCGUGGCAGGCUCUAGGCAUGACAUUACCCCAGGAAUCUUGAUACCCCCGGAGGCACCGCCUGAAGCCCAUCGUGCUCGCAAGUCAACCCUGGCGGCGAUUCAUCAGUUAGAGGUUCUACUUGGGGAGCCUACUGACUUCCUUCAGCGCCUCGCCAUCCAGGUAAGCUACAAGGAGGGGACUGAGGUCCUUGCCUGCAUCCCUCUCCAUGGCAGUGUUCCGAUGAAGGAUGUUUCCGACCUCGCAGAUGUUCCUGAAGCCCGGCUCUGGCGCGUGGUGCGCAUGACGGCGACUGCAGGAUUCCUUCAGGAGCCUGAACCAGGCUCCGUUGCCCAUACAGCGCUGUCAGCACUUUUCUUCACCAAGCCAUCCCAUCUCGACGCAGCCAUGUUUCUCGCCGGCACCCUUUCCCCAGCAGCCUUGCAGAUGGCAGACACAACAAAACACCUCGAAUGGUCUGAACACCCCAAAACUAGUUCCUUUGCGAGCCACUACGAGCAACAACCCCGGCUGCAGCGCCAGUGCAUGGCCUAUUUGCGGUACGCAACGGGAGACGCAAGCGCCACAGGAACAGACAUUCUGACCUGUCUUGAGCGGCUCCGUGGGAGCAACGCACAUGUAGUUGAGGUAGGAGUGAAAUCCACCGCCCGAUGUAUCGCGCUGGCAAACCAGUAUCCCACACUACAGUUUACGGCGCAGAUAGACCAGUCUGCCAUGAUAAGUUCCCAACUGGGAGACAAGCGAUAUAAAGGCGAACAGCACCCCCGCGUCGUGUUGCAAACGCGUACCCCGGGGACAGUCCAACCUGUCCGUGAUGCGGCCAUUUAUCUUGUCCACCUGCCAUCACCCUCACCCCGUCUGUCAUCAGACUGCCUGGCUGCCCAAAUCAGUGCUGAGCUCCGGGCCCAUAUGGAUGUCUUGAGAAUAAAUCGCUCUGCCACGCUCGUGCUCACGCCGCGUCUGCUGCCAGAAAGCCGAACUGUCGGCCCUGAAGUAGAGGCCCUGGCGCGGACGCGAGAUCUUGCGUGGCUACAACUAACUAACGAUGGAGAGAUGGAGAUGUCGGGGUUUAUGAGUAUCCUGAACAACAUCAGUGACAGCACGGGCCGAUUAGUAUUGGCGAACAAAGUCCAGUCGUCCAGUACGGGGGCGGUGGCAUUGGAGGUUGUGUACCAGGCGUAUACCGGUAGCAUCCAUAAUUGUGGCGAUGUGGCAGGAAACUUGACACGGGAAUUGCUGUGA